GGAGGAUGUGUGAGAGGGAGGAGAGGAAGAUCUUCAUUCACCCAGUGUUCACAGACAUCUGGGGUUGAACAAAGGGUUGUAGAAAUGAAUUAGUCAGUCUCUGAGUGGGCCUUGAGACAGUAGAAAGAUCUAGGCCCCUUUAUUAAGUCACAAUGGAAACACUGGGUCUCCUGACAUUUGAAAGGCUGCCCCUUUCCCCUAACUGAAAUGAGUCCAAAAAAGUCAAAGAAAAAAGGGGAUAAAGCAGAAUUCUAAAAAUGCCCUUCCUUUGAACACCAUCUUUGUGCAGGCAUCUGGGGGAGGCCGGCUGGGGCAGGGUUAUCUGCCAGCCAGGCCUGUAGGACUUCGCUUCUCUUGUUUAUCCCCGGCCACAUCUGGGGCAGCUGCCAGGACCCGCCCCCACUCUGCCGUCAUUGGAGGAACUCAAACUUAAAGGCUCCUGCUAAGAAUCAGGAUGUUUCAUUUUCCUCUUACUGGUGGGCUUGCUGUGGCUGGUCUGGGAAGGCUGAGCCCUGGUCCAGACCCUUGUGGACAGUGAGUCUCUUGCCAUGGCAGCCUGCUGCAGCUGGAAUGAUGUUUUCCAGUAUGAGACAAACAAAGUCACCCGGAUCCAGAGCAUGAAUUAUGGCACCAUUAAGUGGAUCUUCCACAUGAUCGUCUUUUCCUACGUUAGCUUUGCUUUGGUGAGUGACAAGCUGUACCAGCGGAAAGAGCCUGUUAUCAGUUCUGUGCACACCAAGGUAAAAGGGAUAGCAGAGGUGAAAGAGGAGAUUUUGGAGAACGGGAUGAAGAAGGUGGUGUCCAGUGUCUUUGACACGGCGGAUUACACCUUCCCUUUGCAGGGAAACUCCUUCUUCGUGAUGACAAACUUCCUCAAGACAGAAGGCCAACAGCAGGGGUUAUGUCCUGAGUUUCCCACCCGCAGGACGCUCUGUUCCUCUGACUUGGGCUGUAAAAAGGGACGGGUGGACCCGCAGAGCAAAGGGAUCCAGACUGGAAGGUGUGUAGAGUAUAAAGGGAAGCUGAAGACCUGUGAAGUCUCCGCCUGGUGUCCCAUAGAGGCAGCGAAAGAGCCCCCCCGGCCUGCGCUCUUGAACAUUGCCGAAAACUUCACAGUGCUCAUCAAAAAUAACAUCGACUUCCCUGGCCACAACUACACCACGAGAAACAUCUUGCCGGGUGUAAACAUCACUUGUACCUUUCACAAGACUCAGGAUCCACAGUGUCCCAUCUUCCGACUAGGAGAUAUCUUCCGAGAAGUAGGAGAUAAUUUUUCAGAUGCUGCAAUUCAGGGAGGAAUCAUGGGCAUUGAGAUCUACUGGGACUGCAACUUGGACAGCUGGUUCCAUCGCUGCCAUCCAAAAUACAGUUUCCGUCGCCUUGACGACAAGACCACCAAUGAGUCCUUGUAUCCUGGCUACAACUUCAGAUAUGCCAAGUACUAUAAGGAAAACAACGUUGAAAAACGGACUCUGAUAAAAGUCUUUGGGAUCCGUUUUGACAUCCUGGUUUUUGGCACCGGAGGGAAAUUUGACAUUAUCCAGCUGGUCGUGUACAUUGGCUCAACCCUCUCCUACUUUGGUUUGGCCACUCUGUUCAUUGACUUUCUCAUCAACACUUACUCGAGUAAAUGCUGCCGAUCCCACAUUUAUCCAUGUUUCAAGUGCUGCGAAUGCUGUGCAGUCAAUGAAUACUACUACCGGAAGAAGUGUGAAACCAUCGUGGAGCCCAAGGCGACGUUAAAAUAUGUGUCCUUUGUGGAUGAAUCCCACAUUAGAAUGGUGGACCAGAGGCUACUUGGGAGAAGUCUGCAAGGUGUCAAAGGUGAAAAAGUCCCAGUGCUCCUCCAGAAGUUCCAAGCUCAGUAAUAGUGUCACCUGCCAUCAGCUCAAUUUCCCAAACCAGAAAUCCAAGGGACAGUCUCCAUGUCCCCUGUCCCCUUUCUCUAUCCCCAUUCCAUUCAAUCUCAUUAAUUCCCUCAGCAAACAUUUACUGAGCAACCCAGCACUGCACAGUUGGUGUGGAUAAACAAGUAAACAAGACAGGCUCCCCUGGAGGCUAGGUGCAGCGGGGGAAGCAGGUAAGCGAUAUGUAAAGAAAUGAGAUGGGAAUAGCUUGGGAUAAAGGGUAUGAGAAAAACAAGCAGCAUGCUGUGAAGAAACAAUAGAAUUACUUCUGACAGGGGUCAGGGAUGGCCUCUCCAAGGAAGUGGCAUUUAAGCUGGAUCUGAAUGUCAGGAAGUUGACAAGUUGGAGGAACACAGGGACAGCAAGUGCAAACACUGAAGUGGAAAAAAAGUGUGUUCCAAGAGCUGUCUGAUGGCGAGUAUGACAGGGACAUUUACUAUACAGUCCUCGUCUUCUGGGUCUAUUUGGGGAGGGACUUGUUUUCUUACUGCUUCAUAAAUGGUGUGGGUCCAUCCCAGUGAACCAGAAGGUUAAAGAAAGGCAAAAUCCACACAGGCAAGAGUAACCAUGGGGGGCUUUGUGGAGCUCGUGAGACAUGAGCUGGCCCUCCCUAGAUGAAGAGAGCGGGAACAUGGGACACACUGUCUGGUGGGAUGAGAAGAGGCACUGCUGACAGGAACAGCAGCAUGAAGCAGGCCCAGAAAGAAAUGAGAAUGUAUGUGCUCAGAUUACUGGUAGACCUGGCUGGCUCCCCAGAAAGGAGAUGAAGAUUAAAAAGAGACUGAUUUCAGGAACUUCCUUAAACAAAACAAACAGAAAAAAAAAAAGCGUAGAUGUUUGGACCAAUUGCAAAGUCAAGAUGGGGCAACUCUUGGGUUGCCCAGGGACAUGAGGAGAGCAGUGACUCAAGAACAUCCUUUGGGCAGUCAUGAGGAUGUCGGCUGGAGGGGAAACCUAGAAAGUUGGCUGGGAUCAUAUAGGAGUGACUAAGGAAGCAACCUGACAGGAACCCCUGGGGGAGGGGAAGGAAAAGAAAAAAAAAAAAAGAGAAAGAGAGG